CGCGUUUAUACAGCGACUCGCGCGGACAUGCCACGCACCUUCUGAGUGGGACUUCACGAGAAAACUCUGACUCUGCCUUCGGAGUAUUGCCAAAGGGAUAACAGCUGAUUUUAUAGCUUUCGAAAGUGGAAAGAUCAGCGCUGACGCACAGUACGCCACAAUGCAGGAAUCUGAGCCCAGCGUGUGUCAGCUGCAGCCCAACAUCAUCUCUGUUCGCCUCUUCAAAAGAAAGAUAGGUGGGCUGGGCUUCCUGGUCAAACAGCGGGUGUGCAAACCGCCCAUAAUAAUCUCUGACCUCAUUCGGGGCGGAGCCGCCGAGGAAUGCGGGCUGGUCCAAGUCGGUGACAUCAUCCUGGCCGUCAACAACAAGCCUUUGGUGGACAUGAGCUACGAGCUGGCGCUGGAAACCCUGAAGAAUGUGUCGCCAGAAACUCACGCCGUGCUGAUACUCCGAGGACCGGAGGGCUUUACCACUCACCUGGAGACCACGCUUAGCACAGACGGGAAACCCAGGACGGUUCGCGUCACCAGGCCAAUCAACCCCCCUCCGUGCAGGCCCUGCGAACGAUGCUCGCCCGACAUGACCAAAGAGCUCAGGGUUAUCGAGAACCUUUCAUCAGACACCAAAAAAGAGAGCAAACCGCUCAUUCCACUGCUGGCCCAGGACUCUCUGCUCAAAGAGGGAGGCCAUUCCACCCUUCUCCUCAACGGGCUGGAAGACAACAACGACCUGCUGAAGGAGAUCGAGCCAGUGCUGAAACUCAUCAAGAACAGCAAAAAAGACAUCAAUGGAGACGGUCAGAGAGUCGUAGAGAGGAAGGAUGCUGAGGUGCAGGUGGAGAGAGACCUUGAUUUGGGAAACGGACAGAAUGCCCAGCUGGCGUUGGAUAAUGACAGAGUGUUUGAUGACCUCUGGAGAAAGGACAACAUGCCUACAGUGCUUAACAACCCUUACUCUGAGAGAGACAAGCAAGAAUCGCAAAGAAGAGUUUCUCCCACUGAGACUCUGCAGAACGGAAGUCCCUCGAAAUGUCCAAGAUUUAUGAAGAUGAAGAACUGGGAAACUGGAGUGGUUUACAACGAUGUUUUACACAACAACUCCGACAAGGUGCCGAUCUGCACCGAGAGUGUGUGUAUAGGUUCUAUUAUGACGCCAAACCAGCACAGUCGCAAACCAGAUGAAGUGCGAACGAAAGAGGAACUGCUGUCGCUGGCUACAGAUUUCAUCGACCAGUACUACACAUCGAUCAAAAGAUGUGCCUCCAAGGCCCAUGUCGACAGAAAGGAGGAGAUCAAAAAAGACAUUGAAACUUCAGGAACCUAUCAACUGAAGGACAACGAGCUGAUCUAUGGUGCCAAACAUGCAUGGAGGAAUGCAGCUCGCUGUGUGGGACGCAUCCAGUGGUCCAAACUACAGGUUUUUGAUGCUCGAGACUGCACGACCGCUCACGGGAUGUUUAAUUACAUCUGCAACCACAUCAAAUACGCCACCAACAAAGGGAACCUCAGAUCGGCUAUCACCAUCUUCCCCCAGAGGACGGACGGAAAACACGACUUCCGUGUGUGGAACGGACAGUUGAUCCGUUAUGCUGGUUACAAGCAGCCUGAUGGAUCCAUACUCGGAGAUCCGGCCUCACUGGAGCUUACAGAGAUUUGUGUUCAGCAAGGCUGGAAGGCUCCAAAAGGCCGUUUUGACGUUUUGCCGCUUCUUCUCCAAGCCAACGGGAACGAUCCUGAGCUCUUUGAGAUACCAGAUGAUCUCGUGCUCGAGGUUCCCAUCAUACAUCCAAAGCUCGACUGGUUUAAGGACCUGAAUCUGAAGUGGUACGGUCUUCCUGCUGUGUCUAACAUGCUGUUGGAGAUCGGUGGGCUGGAGUUCACCGCCUGUCCAUUCAGCGGCUGGUACAUGGGCACUGAGAUCGGCGUCAGAGACUUCUGUGACAGCUCACGAUACAACAUACUGGAGGAAGUAGCCACGAUGAUGGGUCUAGACACGAGGAAGACAUCGUCCCUGUGGAAAGACCAGGCGCUGGUGGAGAUCAACAUCGCUGUUCUUUACAGCUUUCAGAUCUCAAAGGUUACCAUCGUAGAUCAUCACUCAGCCACUGAGUCCUUCAUGAAACACAUGGAGAACGAGUACCGGGUGAGAGGCGGUUGCCCGGGCGAUUGGGUGUGGAUAGUGCCGCCCAUGUCAGGAAGCAUUACACCGGUUUUCCAUCAGGAAAUGCUCAACUAUCGCCUCACGCCCUCCUUUGAGUACCAGACUGACCCGUGGAACACUUACGUGUGGAAAGGGGUGAAUGGAACACCCACUAAGAAGAGAGCGAUCGGCUUUAAGAAACUUGCCAAGGCUGUGAAAUUCUCGGCCAAACUCAUGGGACAGGCCAUGGCCAAAAGAGUAAAAGCCACCAUCCUGUUCGCCACGGAAACCGGGAAAUCGCAGGAUUAUGCAAAGACACUUUGCGAGAUUUUCAAGCACGCGUUUGACGCCAAGGUCAUUGCUAUGGAUGAAUAUGACACCGUCGAUCUAGAACACGAGACCCUGGUGUUAGUGGUAACCAGUACGUUCGGCAACGGGGACCCUCCUGAAAACGGAGAGAAAUUUGGUGCAGCGCUGAUGGAAAUGCGACAUCCUACAACAAGUGUGGAGGACAGAAAGACAUACAAGGUGCGUUUCAACAGCGUCUCUUCGUACUCUGACACUCGCAAAUCUUCCAGCGAUGAACCCGAACCCAAACCUAACUUUGAGAGCACUGGAGCACUCGCCAACGUCAGAUUCUCAGUGUUUGGCCUUGGCUCACGGGCAUACCCACACUUCUGUGCGUUUGCCCACGCAGUGGACACGCUGUUCGAAGAGCUUGGCGGGGAACGAAUCCUCCGCAUGGGAGAAGGAGACGAACUCUGCGGCCAGGAGGAAUCUUUCAGAACGUGGGCCAUAAAGGUUUUUAAGGCUGCGUGUGACGUCUUCUGUGUCGGCGACGACGUUAAUAUCGAGAAAGCGAACAAUUCUCUGAUUAGUAAUGACCGGAGCUGGAAGAAAAGCAAAUUCAGGAUGACAUACACAGCAGAGGCACCGAUGCUAACACAAGCGCUUUUCAACAUCCACAAGAAGAAAGUUUACGGGGCCAAAUUUCUGCAGAGACAGAACCUACAAAGCCACAGAUCGAACCGAUCAACUAUAUUUGUGCGGCUCGACGCCAACAACCACGAGAGCUUGAAUUACAUGCCCGGUGACCAUUUAGGCAUUUUCCCUGGCAACAACGAAGAUAUAGUUACCACCCUUAUUGACAAACUGGAAGACGCACCACCUGUCAAUCAAAUUGUGAAAGUGGAAUUCCUUGAUGAGAGAAACACGGCAUUGGGUGUGAUCAGUAACUGGAUGGAUGAAAUCCGCAUCCCGCCGUGCACCAUCUAUCAGGCUUUCAAAUACUUCCUGGAUAUUGCCACGCCCCCCAGUCCUCUUCUGCUCCAACAGUUUGCUCCUUUAGCUACCAAUGAGAAACAGAGAAAAAGACUGGAGGUGCUCAGCAAGGGUCUGCAGGAGUAUGAGGAGUGGAAGUGGUACAAUAAUCCCACCAUUGUGGAGAUGUUUGAGGAGUUUCCUUCGCUUCAGAUCCCCUCCACCCUGCUUCUGACUCAGCUUCCCCUCCUACAGCCACGGUAUUACUCCAUCAGCUCCUCUCCAGACCUCCACCCGGGCGAGAUUCACCUCACUGUGGCUGUGGUGUCCUACCGCGCCAGAGAUGGAGAAGGUCCCAUCCACCAUGGAGUGUGUUCAUCCUGGCUCAACAGUCUGGAAGCUGAAGAUACCGUGCCCUGUUUCGUCAGAGGUGCUCCUACGUUCCGUAUGCAAAAAGACAGCCAGGUUCCCUGCAUUCUGAUUGGCCCAGGCACUGGAAUCGCUCCGUUUAGAAGCUUCUGGCAACAGAGACUUUAUGACAUUGAAACUAAAGGACUCAAGGCGUGCCCCAUGAUCUUGGUUUUCGGGUGCCGGCAGUCACAGAUUGACCACAUUUAUAAGGAAGAGACAAUUCAGGCCAGAAACAAGGGCGUGUUUAAAGAGCUUUACACCGCAUACUCCAGAGAGCCAGGGAAACCAAAGAAAUACGUUCAGGAUGUUCUUCGUGAGCAGCUGUCUGAAAGUGUCUACAAACAUCUCAGAGAGGAAGGAGGACACAUAUACGUCUGUGGUGAUGUCACCAUGGCUGGAGACGUACUGAAAACAGUCCAGCAGAUCUUUAAACUGCAUGGCAACAUGUCUCUGGAGGACGCUGGCUUCUAUAUCAGCAAACUGAGGGAUGAGAAUCGAUACCAUGAGGACAUUUUCGGUGUCACUCUACGUACCUACGAGGUCACCAACCGCCUAAGAUCGGAAUCUAUUGCCUUCAUCGAAGAAAGCAAGAAGGAUACCGAUGAGGUAUUUUGUUCAUAGUCUCAUUUGUCAUCCAUCUCGCAGAUUUUUACUCAGAUACUCCAAUCAGUCAAUCAGAAGCAUGAGACGCCCACCACCAAUUCCAAAACUGUGCCAAAUUUGUCGAUUUUUUUUGUUUUCUACUAGUUCUCAUGUUUUGUGCAUUUCUAUGAUCAAAGUCUACAAAAUAAAGAUAAGUACUCUUCA